CUUGUCUUGUAUUAUCGGCCUGUUUUCCCAUUAUUUGAAAUUCCAAGAUGUCAAGAAUUAUAUUUGUUACGGUUGGGUCAACAGGUUUUGACCAAAUUAUUAGUCUUGUUACAUCGACACCAUUUCUUCAGUUGUUAAUUUCUCAAGGAUUUGCAAAAUUAGUUGUUCAAUAUGGAAAAAGUCGGAAUUCUUUUAUUAAAAUGCAAAAUAAUUUCAUAAACGAAAUUGAAAUUAUUGGUUAUGAUUAUAAACCUUCAUUACGUGAAGAUAUGAAAAUUGCGGACCUUAUUAUUAGUCAUGCUGGAUCGGGUUCUAUCCUAGAAAUACUUCGUUUAUAUAAACCUUUAAUUGUAGUAGCGAAUGAAAAUUUAAUGGAUAAUCACCAAAUAGAACUUGCAAUCGAAUUACAAAGUAAAGGUUAUCUUGUAUAUAGCUCGAUAAGGUGUGUUAAAAUUUUUAGUUAAUGAAUUGUCGAAGGAUGUUUCUAAUUUUUAUUUUUUCGUUUAUAAACAUUAAGCAACUUAUUAGAGACUUUG